AUGACGUAUUUUGAUCCUUAUCAAGGUGUUCCACAACAAUAUAUGGCUCAACAGUAUUAUCCCCAGUUUUAUGCUCAGCAAGGAUCAGAUGAACAGGUGGUGAGUCCAGAAGGUAGCAUGCAACAAGGUGAUUCAAGAAUGCCUCCAUACGAGCAAUACCCUCAAUUCCAAGGAGAGCAAUUCAAUUUCAAUAGAAAUGACAGCACACCUGGAUCUGGGAAUGACUACUACGAUGAAGCUUCAUUCAUCAAUAGUAAUGAUGGACAAGGAGGUAUGGGUCAGCAUUUCAGCGCAAACCAUUUCCCUCCAAUGACACCUGGGAAUGGACCUCCAGGAAACAUGCAAAUGUCGAAUAUGGCACCACCAACUCCACAAACCCAACCUGACGUGUUUGGUCAGGUAGGUCCAAAUUCCAAUGGUAAUUCAUCAGUUGCGCCAUCAAGAACAGUUUAUUUGGGUAAUAUUCCAUCUGAUAUUCAACCAAAUGAAUUAUUGGACUAUGUUAGAUCCGGUAUUCUUGAGUCGGUUAAAAUAUUGCCCUCAAAAAACUGUGCUUUCAUUUCUUUCAUAGACCAUCAAUCAGCUUUGUUGUUCCAUUCUGAUUGUAUUUUGAAGAAAUUGAAUAUUAAAGGACAUGAUGUCAGGAUUGGCUGGGGUAAAAAUAGCUCUAUAUUACCUGCAGUUAUGGAAUCAAUCCAGAGGCAUGGUGCUACUAGAAAUGUUUACUUGGGUAACUUAAAUAACUCUGUUAACGGUGAAAUUAUUACCGAACAAGAAUUAAGAGAUGAUUUGUCAUGUUACGGUGUUAUUGAUUGUAUAAAGAUCAUUCCAGAGAAAGGAAUUGCCUUCAUUCAUUUCUUGUCUAUUUUGAGUGCCAUAAGAUGCGUCGCCAAUUUACCUUUGAAAGAAAAGUACUUGGAUAAGAAGUGCUUCUACGGUAAAGAUAGAUGUGCUUUCAUUACUAAAACCCAACAACAUAACGCAGCUCAAUAUUUAGGUUUAGCACCAGGUAUGGAGCAUAUCGUUACUGCUGCUGAUCGUGAAUUCAUAUCGUCUGCAUUGGUUCAACAAUCUGCUGCUGCCGCUCAAAUUGCUACGCAAGCAGGUGGUGCUAACAAUUUAGGCAAUCGUACGGUUUAUUUGGGUAACUUACAUCAAGACUCUUCAGUCGAAGAAAUCUGUAACGUUGUUAGAGGAGGCUUAUUGCAAAGUAUUAGAUUUUUAAAGGAACGUCACGUUUGCUUUAUUACUUUUAUUGACCCUAUUGCAGCAGCUCAAUUUUUUGCCAUGUGCCAAUUACAUGGUUUGACCAUUCAUAAUCGUAGAAUUAAGGUUGGAUGGGGUAAACACUCUGGUCCUUUGUCUAAUGCAUUAUCUUUGGCUGUUUCAAAUGGUGCGUCCAGAAAUAUUUAUAUUGGUAAUAUAACUGAUUUUGAAUAUUAUAACCCAUCUAAAUUAAGAGACGACUUUACAAAAUUCGGUGACAUUGAACAAAUUAAUUAUUUAGAAGAAAAGAAUUGUGCAUUCAUAAAUUUCGUUAACAUAGCAAAUGCAAUUAAAGCGAUCGAUGGCAUAAAAUCAUUUCACGACUAUAAAAAUUUAAAAAUCAAUUUUGGUAAAGAUAGAUGUGGUAACUUACCAAGACAAUUCCAGAACCAAAAUCAAGGACAAAACCACAAUCACAGCGCAGGAAUUGAUAAUGGAUCAAAUCAAUCAUUUUCCGAUAAUGAAUUCAUGAAUGAUGAAAUUUAA